AAUUAUGUUCUUCCAUACUUUUCGUUAUACAAUACACAAAUCGCCCGCUAUACGCUUUCUCGCAGAUUCAAGUUACGACUGUAAGACGGCAGAAGCUUAUAGGUGCGCAUGUUUUGAUUCAGUUUGAUUGAAGUGAUUCGUUUAGUUUUGACAUUAAUCAUAUGCUUUGUAAUAUUAGGGAUGUUUUUAGUUUCAUGGCGGCCGUAAAGUAAAGAUGCCUGAACCUGAUGUGAAUAAAGCUACCUUUUCGAUUAGCGGCACUUGCAAUAUGAACCCUGGCAGCCGGCUAUUGAAUUGUGCUGCGGCCACUUCAUCAACAACACAUAAGCCUACGGCUUACAAAAAAGAUUCGACUUCAAGACUUGUCCUUAGUAUUGAUCUGGGCACUACUUCCAUAAAAAUAGCCCUUGUAGAUAGCAUCACCAAAAAACCUCUCAAGACUGCUGCUCAAGUUACCAAAGCCGAUAUUGAAAGUCAAAUUGGACUAGAUGGUUGCGAGCAGAACCCUGUACAGAUCCUUCAUGUACUUCAUCAAUGUAUAUCAACCUUCGACAAGGAACAUUUGAGCCGAGUGGUUUGUUUAGCAAUCACAGGACAGAUGCAUGGGGUUAUGUUAUGGCGGAGUGAGGAGACUUCUAAGAAAGAACUAUCAAGUUUCGGAUCUUCGUCUCACAAAUGGAAUAAACAAGAACCCAGUCAACUCAUUACAUGGCGAGACCAACGCUGUAAAACAAAAUUUUUAGCUUGUUUACCACCAGCAGACUCACACCUUAGAUUAGCCACGGGCCAUGGUUGUGCCACAUUAUUCUGGAUGGCCCGACAUCAACGUGAUUUUCUUAAGCGCUUUGAUUGUGCUGGAACUAUAAUGGACUACCUUGUUUCACUUCUUUGCGGCCUUACUCAUCCUGUUAUGUCACCUCAAAUAGCAGCCAGCUGGGGCUACUUCAAUACUGAGAAUGUAUCUUGGAAUUCUGGAAUACUAAAAAAAGCUGACUUUCCAGUCAAUCUAUUACCACAUGUCAAAGAAGCUGGUUCUAGUGCAGGAAAUCUAAAGUGUGACUGGUUCUCAAUUCCAAAAGGAAUUCCAGUGCUUGUUGCUUUAGGGGAUUUACAAUGUGCUAUCAGAUCCACUAUAAAAGAUAAAGCAGAUGCAGUUCUUAACAUCAGUACUUCAACUCAGUUGGGAUUUCCCAUAUCCUUGAAAGGUUUCAAACCUCCACCAACCAACCCAGAAAAUGCCAUUGAAUAUUUCCCAUAUUUUGGCAACACAUACAUUGCAACAGUUGCUAGUCUUACUGGGGGCAGUGUGAUGGCUAACUUUGUGAAAACUCUGCAGGAAUGGUUUUCGGAAUUUGGUGUACGAGUAGAAGAAGAACAAGUGUGGCAAAAGCUUAUAAAGCUUGCUGAAAAAGUACCAAAUACUGACCUCCAGAUUAUACCAACUUUACAAGGGGAGCGCCAUAAGCCAGAUCAACGUGGCAGUGUAGCUGGACUUAACAUGAAUAAUAUGUCUCUUGGAAAAGUGUUUCGAGCUUUGUGUAGUGGCCUUGUUCAGAAUUUGCAUGAGAUGAUGCCAAACACUUACCUAGAAGAUCAUGGCAUUAAACGGAUCAUUGCAAGUGGUUCUGGUGUGACUAAAAAUCCUAUUGUUCAACAAGAAGUUAAAAAGUUUUACAAGACUCCAAUGGUCAAUGGUGAUCGCUGUGAUUCUGCCUUAGGAGCUGCAUUAUGCGCUAUUAAUUCCUGUAAUAGUUCACACUGAAUUGGGACAGGCUUUUAUUAUUAUAUAACACAAUGAUUUCAUAAAGCAAAUUAAAUUGUGAAAUUUAUUUCAGAAAUACCACAAAGUGUUCUACUGCAUUUUACAGGGAGUUGUUGAAUAUGUAAGCAGAAAAGUAAGUUACUAUAAAGUUUCAUGGUCAUAAUACUUACAAUUUAUCCAGUUAACAAUUCAAAAUCCUUAACAAAACUGUUUUAGAUACAUAAAUCUAUUGUAUUACCAAGGUAAGAAAUAUGUUUUUUUAAGGCAGAAAAUAUAAAAUAACAUUAACCAAAUGUAAUUAUAAAUGAAAUAAUUUUUCCCCUUGCACUUUCUAUUGACAAUUUUUUACUGUUGAAAAAUUAGUCACAGUAUUGCAGUAUUAUUUCAUUUGUCCUCACUACAUUGUGGAAUAUUGAGUUUAGUAUUUUCUAUGAAAGAUCAUAACUUUAUAUUUUAUGGGACUCAUUCUGAACAAAUGUUAUAAAAUGAAUUUAGGGUUGGUAUUUCAAAACAAAUCAUAUCUUUUGAAUUUUCAUUUGUAGAAUAGUGUAUCUUAUCACACCAAAUUUAUUUUUCUCAUUUGAAAUGUCUUUUUAAAAUGACUUAUAAAAUCCUCUUUAGAUUAUUCAAAAAAUUCUUAUUUACAUUCUUUCAUUAUGUAUCAGUUACAUUACUUUCAUUGUAUUACAAUUUUUAUGGCCAAUAUUCACGACUAGAUGAUGAUAACCAAAGAUUCUUGUAAACAACCAUGAUCAUUAUCAUUAUUGUGUAUUGAUCCAAAUAGCUAUUCUUUCAUGUGAUUCAAUUUUAGCACAAACUUUCUUAUCCAAUUUAUAUUUUCAAAGUUGUUCUGUCAUGCAAAACAUUCUUUAUCGCAGUGACCCUUUUGGAUUGAUACUAAGAUUUUUUUUCAUUAGUUCUCUUCAAUACCUACAUCUCUUUCCAAACCAGAGAUGAAAUAUAAUUUGACUUGUGGAUUAGUGGUUUCUAUUAAAAAAAUAGUUUCUGGAGAGUGUAAUUUUGAGGCAGGGCUGGUAGAAGUUUUUACUUUAAGAACAUGGUGCAAGUAUAUCAAGUGGAUUUAGACAGAACAUAGUCUGCAAAUUCAAAUUGAAAGAAUCAGUAUCCUACACACAGAAACAAUGGAAUACUACACAAACAUUUGCAAAUGAUACACCAAGUCUAAUUUGUCACCGAACAACGCGAGAGAUCCCCUACCAGAUAAUGUUUUAAAAGGAAAAGUAUCUGUGAAAGGAAACACAAUGACAUUAGUAACAUUGAUUUUAAUAUUAAACAUUAUAAUAGAAGUUUUGACUGACUGUUUCUUCAGAUGUAAUCUGAAGCUUAUAGUUUGAACUAUAUCUCAUAUAACAUUCGCUACAUUUAGAGAUUGUAUCUUUAGCCUGUAUACAUGGCUGAGGAUUUAAAUAAGGAUGGAUUUAUGCAUGUGGUCUGUUCCACUAUUUCAUUACAGCAGGUUUCAGAGAGCAUUGCCACUAUCAGUAACGGUGAACUGAAUUGAAAUGUCAUCCAAGACACACUUCUUACAAGGCAGAUAAUGAAAGAACACAUAGACAAAAGAACUGUGUAAAAUGUACAGAUAUAUUUUCAUUUUAUAUAACAGUAUGUUUAUUUAACAUUUUUUUUUUUUAAUUCUACAAAAGACCAAGAUUCAAAGUGAAUGAUAGACUAAAGAAGUAAUUACAAUGGGCGAAUAGACAGAAACAUUAGUAAUAUGUGGAUGUUGUUCAGACAGAAAUUGAGAUCAAGACAUGUGAAAUUUAUUUAAAAUGUUACUUCUCCAAUCUAAUGUUUUUUAUCUUAAUAAUUUAGUUGACAAUCAAAUACAAAUGGGGGUCUUUUUUUUCUUUUUCUGGUAUAAACAAAUUUAAUUUGAGAGGGAAAAAUAUAAUGAACAUAUGUAAAAUCAUAAAAAUAAAUUAUAAUCUCUCAAUGAUAUGAGUCAUAUCAUUUAUAUAGCUUUCAAGUUUUAAUGUUCAUGCUGUAAAUUCAGUUUGCCACUGUGUUAAAACAAAAGAGUAAAACAUUAAAUAUGAAAGCAUAAUUAAUAUGAAUAUUAUACGUACAUCAAUAAUACAUUAACAUUUGUAUGUUCUUACAUGUCACACAAGUCCUGAUGCUUCAAAAGAUGGUAGCCUGAGAAGGUAAAUUUAUUAUGUAAUUCUGGUUAAAGAAAAUAUCUGAAAACAAUUUUCUCAUAAAAUGUUCAUCUUUUUCUUUUUGUCAAAAUAAUAUAUUUUUAAUGUUAUUUUUCGAAAUAAUAUAAAUAUUAAAAGUAGAAAAAAUAAAUGGAUUUUUAAAAUA